AUGGCUGAUCAACAGCAAGCUCAGCAGACGAUGCAGCCGCCUGUGCCACAGGCGGCAGCCCCACAGCCUCACGUGGCCCAACAGCCACAGCCACAGCAGCACCCACCUCCUGCACCCACCCCAUCCCAGCAACAACAGCAGCAGCAGCAACAACAGCAGCUCCAGCAGUCUCAACAACAACAACUGCAGCAGCAACUCGCCGCAGCACAACAACAACAACAGCAGCCCCGAGUUUCUUCCGUGGGUUCGAUACAGGGCGUGGUGGCGCCCCCUGCUCCCACACCUCAGCCUUCCCUGGCGGCGGCCAAUGCCUUGCGCUCGCCCAGCACCCCUAUGCCCCCGUUGCAGGUGAUUGGACAGCCGAUGCACGGCCAGUCCUAUCUGCCUCAGUUCCAGAGCUACGCACAGCCGUUUAUGCUGCCCAAUCCAAAUGCUUUAGGCUCAUUUCUUUAA